UGUAACCCUAUAUCAAUAUAUACUAUAAUAAUAUCUAUUUAUCUAUCUAUUUAUCUAUAUAUCUAUCUAUCUAUGUAUAUAUUAUAUGUAUGUAUAACGAAAGCUUAAUAAAUAGGAAGGUGUUAGUAGGUUAGGUAUCGAAAAACAAAUUUCGUCGUAGCUGGUCGCUCGUCGCAUCCUUGAGCGUCGAACCUCCAGGAUUAAGGUACAAGGAAGACAUGCAUUUUAUUCCCGGGGACGUGGCAACGGCGCUGGAAGCAGAACAAUUCUGACUUGUGAUAAAACUAUGAAGCAGAAUAAUGCGCUCUAAAGACCCUACAUGUGAAGCGAAAGUGAUUGAACGCGUAGUUCAUAUACUUCUAAAAGAAUACACUACCAGUGCAACUGAAUUUGUUACAGAAAUUAUAAGUGUGACAAGGAAAAUAUAACCAUAUUUACCUGGUGGCUAGCGCCCUAUACCACCCUUUAAAGACCUGUGCUCCGGGUGUGCGGAGGGAAAGUGAGCGGAGUAUGGCAGAAAGCUGAAACUGAAAGGCCUCCCAUGUAAGAGUGUGUGUUUGUGUUGUGCCAAGGGAAAACGCGACCAGCGAGGCAGUUCGACAUGCGGGAUAAAAGUUGUGCGAGUGAGCUGCGGCGCCGACCCAUCCAGGCCUGCCUCUACAUCGUCGUCCUUUUCUCAGCCUCCACAGAGUCGCUCACGCGAAAUGCAGGGCUGACCACGUGGUCCAGCAGGCGUGGAUCGAGCCUUGAUAUCGACCGGUGUGAUGGGCUUCAGCUACAGCGUCACAGCAGGUGCGAAGACGACCGUAGUGUGAAAGAAGUUUGGUCGCCGUCGCAGGAAAACCACGAGAGUCGCCCCCAAUCGUCACCAACAGAAGGAAUCACCCUGACUGUCCUAAAUCAAAGAACCGCGGCCCUCAUCUUUACAAAGGUGUUCCCGCUCGGUUACUACUGGGCGCACUAUGCUGACUUACAGUGGCACUUGGAUCGCGUGGCACCCGGACGCAUCCUCGUUCUCACGGUAGCCGUCUCUGGCACUGUGGGACUCCGCCAAGCAGCCCAUCAACUCGCUCGCCUCGGUUCCCUCUUCGCCUUGCACCUCACGCCCAUGGCACACUGGACCUGGGUCUUCGUCAAGGGCGGCCGCACCAUCUCGGAGACGGUCAUCCUUCAAGGACUAGCUCAACACCAAGCGCACCUCAUUCUGCCCCUCUCCGAUCUACCCACGCCCACUACUCCCUCCAAUCAAACGCUGCAGCAACAACGCUGGCACUACUGCCACCGUCACGCUGCCAUGGGCGGACUUUGCGAUGAGCACACUCCGGACCCGCUGCCACCGCCCUCGCCGCCUACCCUCCCGCACCAAUCCGCCCUCGCCGAUGUGCCCGUCGUCGUCACAGCCGGUGCCCGCCACCAUUAUCUCUACCACACCCUCAAUACCCUUCUCACUGCCCCAGGGGCGCAACGUAACAACGUGCUCGUCGUGCUUGGGGACGCACCACAGCCUACCACACAACUGCUACGUCUCAUCAACGUCAACUUCACCAAAGUUCCUGUUCACGGGGAAGGCAACCUCAAACUCUUCCGUUACUACCGUAGCGUCUUCCAGCUGGUGGCUCGCACCUUCCCCGACGCCCCUGCAGUCAUUUUCCUGGACGAGGACGUCGAGGUCUCCCCAGACUUCUUCUCCUUCAUGAGCCAAACUCUGUGGCUGCUCCGCGAGGACCCCACGCUCUACUGCAUCAACGGAUUCUCUGCAACAGGGUUUUUUGGCGUAGCUCAUGAUAAUAGCAGAAUUCUUCGAGCGAAAUCCCAGGUCGAAUGGGGAUACGCUCUCUCUUCGAAAUUCAUAAAAGAAGCUGUUAUGAGGUGGCCUCAAAACAACAGCGGGGAUAACAUAGUUCAUUAUGAUCACUGGCUCUACAAACACGCGAGCCAAGGACGAGAAUGCGCGUUCCCCGAGGUUAGUCGGACUCUUCACUACGGGAUCGGCGUCAACUCGAAUGCUUUUACCACGGAAAGGUACUUCCUGUCUAUGCCUAUAGUAAAGAGCUGGAACAUCAAAAUACAUAAUGUCGUAGGACUUCGGCUUCCGCAAUGGCAACAGAAUUUUAUUCAUAAUAUCAGCCAUGCCAUACCGGUAAUUGGCAACCCUUGCCAACCAUCCUUUGUGCCUUCCACUAAUACAAGCAAAAAUUACGUAUUCUAUUAUAACAUGACAAAGAAAUCUGACGGCAAACCAGAUUAUAAAAACUUUUUUUUCAUAGCUUCAUGUCUCGGUGCAUGGGCGCUUUCAGAUCAGGGUCAACAUGAUACUGUGCUGACAGUGCGCUUGUCAAUGAUGGCCACGCUGUACAUGGUCGGUGCGCCCUUCUCGCCGUACGCCCAUCUACGCCCGCCGCACGUGAUUCCGUGGGACGUCGACCUAAUUUCAGAUGAGCAAGAAGAUAUUCUUGUAAACAGAAUAAGAGAAUUAGAGCUUGGGAAGUAUCACAUCAAAAACUUAAAUAUAACUCAUAAUACUUUAAUGAAUUUAAUGUCUAUUGAAUCCUCGACGACCUGAUUUGGAGAGGUACUAGAAUUAAAUCUGCGAAAAACAUCCUUCCCGACUUUUAUUACCACCUCUCUGGAAAAGCUAACGCAUGGGUCAGGCACGCUAACUCUGAACGGCAAGUUCAAGGCCCAAAGUUUCCCUCUCUUCAGGGUCGCUACGUGGCGGAGUACGCAAACGCGUGGUGUGUGUGUGUGUGUCUUAGUGUGUGUGUGGGGGGGGGGGGGGGGGUGAGCGU